UGUUUCUGCGUCAUCAGGUCACAGUGACUUAAACUACAGUGUGUCAACAACUCAUAAGGUUAUUGACCCCGACAAAAAACAUCCAGAACUUUUAUUUAAUUUAUUUAAUUUUAUUUAACUCUGUUCACGAUCGCCCGUCUCUGUCAUCGAGGAACAAAAAUAUUUAUUUAAACCAACACUGCGGUUUCCAUGAGGCCAUAAUAUGACAUUUAAAUCAAUAAUGAUAAAUGAUUGCUGUAGCCUCUUCUGUCACCAACACACACACACACACUGUCUUGUAGUCGUCAAAUGUCCUCAGUCUCUGUUCAAACUCGGAGACGCAGACAUGUUGAAGAAGCUGCUGCUGGUUCUGCUGUGUUGGACAUGGACGAGCUCAGCUGUCGUCAGGAUUCCCCUGAAGCGCGUGCGUUCCAUUCGCUCGCAGCUGCGAGUCGACGGCCGGCUGGAGGAGUUCCUGAAGGACCACCACCCCGACAUGUUCAACCGCCGCUACGCUCAGUGCUUCCCGCCCGGCACGCCGUCGCUGCGACUGGGACGCUCCAGUGAGAGGAUCUACAACUUCAUGGACGCUCAGUUCUACGGUGAAAUCAAGUUGGGGACUCCGGAGCAGAACUUCUCCGCGGUGUUUGACACCGGCUCGGCCGACCUGUGGGUGCCAUCGAGCUACUGUGUCAGCGAGGCCUGCGUGUCACACCGGCGCUUCAGGGCGUUUGACUCGACGACGUUUCGUCAUGACGGUCGGAUGUUUGGGAUUCAUUAUGGAUCUGGUCACCUGCUGGGCGUCAUGGCCAGAGACACUCUGAAGGUUGGUGAAGUCAGCGUCCUGAACCAGGAGUUCGGGGAGUCGGUCUACGAACCCGGUGCUACCUUUGCAAUGGCAAAGUUUGACGGUGUUCUGGGAAUGGGUUACCCGUCCCUUGCGGAAAUACUUGGGAACCCCGUUUUUGACAGCAUGUUGGCGCAGAAGGCGGUGGAACAGCCCAUCUUCUCCUUCUACCUUAGCAGGAAAUCCAGUAGCAACAGCCCAGAGGGUGAGCUGAUGCUGGGGGGAACAGACGAGUCCUUGUACACUGGGCCAAUAAACUGGAUUCCAGUGACUGCAAAGGGAUACUGGCAAAUCAAAGUGGACAGUGUGGCGGUACAAGGUAUGAGUUCCUUUUGUCCUCACGGUUGCCAAGCGAUUGUCGAUACCGGAACCUCCCUCAUUGCUGGACCGACCUCUGACAUCCUCAACCUCCAGCAGCUCAUUGGAGCCACACCCACAAACAUUGGAGAAUUUCUGAUCGACUGUGUCAGGUUGUCCAGUUUGCCUCAUGUCACGUUUGUCCUGGGAGGACAAGAGUACACGCUGACGGCUGAACAAUACGUCCGUAAGGUAACGACGGCAGUUUUACUUGUAGUCUGUUUUUGCUUUGGUUUCUUUUGGAAACGUCCUUUUUUGUGUGAACACAAAAUACAUGAACUUUUUAAACGGAGAGUCUCAGAUUUGCAAGGUCGGUGCUUUUGGUUGUUCCAGACAAUUGAUCGGGCAAUUUCAAGUCCUGGAGCUUUGGAAAAAUCCUCCAAUUCUGUUGGCUUUGCUGACUUUGCUGUUCCUGCCUUUAGGUGGAAGGUCCCGUGUAUAAUAAUCAGUGACAUCUAUUGGUGAGACUACAGAUUGCAACAAUAGUCUAGACUUCUCUGCUCACCCGAUCUGUACCAGAACAACCAAUUUGUUCCAA